CAACAGCAUAGCAGAAAGGUCAAAGAGUGUGACCUAUCUGCCUGGUAUAUAAAGAAAAUUCGUGGACCAUUCGCUACAGUAUCAGGUCCACGCAGUAGCCAGCAAGGAGUUCUGCAGGACCUCACCUCAACCAUGAUGAAGAUUCUGGUAGUGUUGUGUUUGAUAGCGGUGGGCGCCCACGCCCAGUAUGGGAAAACUGGCAUCGUUAUGCCUGACGGCAAAAACAUCCAGUUCACUCACGACCAGGCCGAGAACAUCCUUCUGAUCGGGCCCUCUGGCGUCAUCACAGCUGACGGCAGUCACGUGCAGCUGACCCGAGAUGAACUUCCCGCCACCCGCCCCAAGCGUGAAGUGCAGCUGCAGGGACCCUCCGGCGUGAUCUUUAUGGACGGACAAUGGAGGCACCUUCCACCUGGUGUGGAAAUCGUCCUCAUGACAAAGGCUGGCGCCGUCCUCUCCAAUGGUGACAACGUCCAGUUCCGCAAGAAGCGUGAAGUGCAGCUGCAGGGGCCCUCCGGCGUGAUCUUUGUGGACGGACAAUGGAGGCACCUUCCUCCUGGUGUGGAAAUCGUCCUCAUGACAAAGGCUGGCGCCGUCCUCUCCAAUGGUGACAACGUCCAGUUCCGUAAGAAGCGUGAAGUGCAGCUGCAGGGGCCCUCUGGCGUGAUCUUUGUGGAUGGACAAUGGAGGCACCUUCCACCUGGUGUGGAAAUCGUCCUCAUGACAAAGGCUGGGGCCGUCCUCUCCAAUGGUGACAACGUCCAGUUCCGCAAGAAACGUGAAGUACAGCUGCAGGGGCCCUCUGGCGUGAUCUUUGUGGACGGACAAAGGAGGCACCUUCCUCCUGGUGUGGAAAUCGUCCUCAUGACAAAGGCUGGCGCCGUCCUCUCCAAUGGUGACAACGUCCAGUUCCGUAAGAAGCGUUCCUCUCCUCUCAUCGACGCUAUCAAGGGUCCCUCAGGCUACAUCACACCCACCGGGCAGCUGUUCCAGCUUCCUCCAGGCGUCACUGUCGCCAUUGAGGGAGAUACCGGCGCCCUCCUUUCCGAUGGAACUGCUAUCCAGUUUUUUCCAGUAAAUUCCCUUAAUCCAAGACUCUGCCCUGUCUGUCAUCAACAGCAAUCAAUGAACAACAUCUCAAUCAACAUUCUCACUUCUAGGGACUUCAUGAUACCCGAUGUAUAUUUUUUUUAAUAAAAAUAAAAAUAAAAAUACUGCAAACAUUCUCUCAUCAGAUUCUUCAAACAAGUGUUUCUUGGGUUUGAAGAAUACAGGGACUGAUUCAUAGAGUAUGUUCUGUUUUUGGCCUUUUUGAAGGUUAUUAUUUUUUUGUGCCAUUUACCCAGAAAAAAAUCAAAAAAUAAAUUAACAGCUAUAA